AUGGCACUGGUUACGUUCUACUUAGCUUAUAAAGUAGAGUACGAACCGGCGAUUAGAGCAACAGCACAAGAUGUCGCAUUCAUCAUGUUUUCGAGCGGAACUACGGCUGACCCAAAAGGCAUUCCGAUUAGUCACGCGAACGUGAUUGCGGCUACCGCGGCUCAGUCUGCUGUGAUUCCGAAUGUCAGCCUUGAUGAUGUUUAUAUUGGUUACCUGCCAUUGGCGCACAUCUUGGAGUUUGACGCCGAGUUUUGCUGUCUGGCAAAUGGAGUCCGUAUCGGCUACAGCUCACCGCUGACUUUAACGGAUAACGCGAGUAAAAUAAAGCGAGGCGCCAGAGGUGAUUGUGCGGUACUGAACCCGACGUUGAUUGCAACCGUCCCGACCGUUAUGGAUCGUAUCUACAAAGCGGUAAUCGGGAAAUUGCAAAACAGCAGUCAUUUGCGUCAGGCCAUUUUUGAAUUUGUGUACGAGCUUAAGCGAAGUCGACUAGAGUCUGGAUAUUCUACUCCAUUCCUCAACAGAUUGAUCUUCUCACAUAUCAGCAACAUUCUUGGCAAUAGAGUAAGGCUCAUCCUUAGCGGCGGGGCGCCACUGAACCCGGAAACGCAGCGUUUCAUCAACAUCUGCUUCUGUUGCCCAGUUGGUCAGGGUUACGGUCUGACCGAAACGUGCGGUGCUGGAACGAUUUGUCACAGCGAUGAUCUGACUACCGGUCGAGUUGGUUCGCCUUUGGCAUGUAACGACAUCAUGUUGCGCAACUGGAACGAAGGCGGAUACAUGAUUCAGAAUAAACCACACCCGCAGGGCGAGAUCUUGAUCAGUGGCGCGAAUGUUAUCAAAGGAUACCUGGCCAAUUCAGGAAGCGCUGCCGACUUCAUUGAAAUCGAUGGUCGAACCUGGUUCUGCUCUGGGGACAUCGGCGAAUUCUACAGCGACGGUUGUUUGAAAAUCAUAGAUCGGAGGAAAGACCUGAUUAAACUUCAGCAUGGCGAAUACGUUUCUGUCGCAAGGGUGGAAACUGUUUUGCUCACCUGUCCUUUGAUUGACUAUGUCUGCGUUUAUGGCAAUUCAUUGUAUUCUUAUCUCGUCGCUAUCGUUGUUCCUAACCAGAAGAAUCUUACAGAAUUUGCGAAGGAGGUAAGCAAUAAGUUGUUGAAAUAUGAAGUUCCUCAGAAGUUCUACCUCUGUAAAGAGAAAUGGACGGCGGAAAUGGGACUUUUGACCGAUGCGUUGAAACUUAAACGGAAAGCGAUCGAAAACUUCUAUAAAGACGUUCUCGAAUCUCUGUAUGCAUUAUAG